CCCUGUUCAGCCGAGCGGGAGGCCUAUUUUAGCGCGAACGCCAUGCUUCUGAUGAGCAGAAGCAUAGCUGGCCCAAACAUAACUAUUGAUUCAAGCUUCUGUAAACAUUCUCCUAUUCUCGUGCUAAGAAAGAAGCACAUCAAUUCAAUAUGGCAGACGCAGAGGAGAAAGCGAAAGCUGAGAAGCUUGCAGCAGCUAAGAAGAGGGUCGAGCAGAUGAAGAAGCAGAAGCAAAAGAAAGCUGGUGCCAAGAAAGAAGAGAAAACCGAGCCUGCAGAAUCCUCAAAAGCAGAAGAACCGUCAGAUCCCCAACCUGAACCUACGACUAUAGAAGAAUCCAAGGAGGCAGAUGAGCCUGAGACCAAAGAUGCAGAUGAAGAAACUCCACUGGUUUCUCCCGCACCACACGGACGACAGCCUUCUCUAUCUCUCGAGUCUAAGAUGCGUUCUGCCUCUUUCCGAGCUGGGACUGGUGGGCCAUUAUCACCGAAUUAUCCCUUCUCCCCAGAAGGAGACACAGCGCCCGAUAUCUACAGAAAGCAAGCUAUGAAGAUUGAAGAACUUGAGAAGGAAAAUAAACGACUAGCAAAAGAAGCCUCUGAUGGAGAGAGGCGAUGGAAGAAGGCAGAAGAGGAGCUCGAGGAGAUGCGAGAAGCAGAGGACGAAGUAGCUCCGAAAGCCAGAGACGCAUCUACCAGCCCAGGAGGAUCAGGUGAAAUGGAGAAACUGCGGACAGAGAUCGCAGCUCUACAACGCCAAAAUACACAACUCCAGGCGCAAUCCUCACGCGGGACUCGACAUGGCUCCUCCCCAUCUAUGUCAGCAGGUGUACCCGCAGACUAUGAAGCUGCCCUAGCCUCCAAAUCUUCUACAAUCGAGUCUAUGGAAAUCGAGAUAUCUACACUUCGAGCACGACUAGACCAGAUCGCAGCAGGUAGCUCAGAGAAGGAGCAAGUCAUAGCUCUGGAAGAGAAGCUCAACCGCAGCGAGAAAUCAGCAGCAAUCGCACAACGGGAGCUUGGCGACUUGAAAAAGAAUCUCGAGCGAACUACAGAGAAAGCGGUUAAAGAAGGCAGUGAACGCAUAUCGGCCGAAACUAAGCUUCGAACUCUAGAACGAGAAACCGAAGAAGCGAAAUCACAUAGUGAGGAGCUACAGAAGAAGGUCGAUGCAUUAGAAAAGAAAGUAUCUACUCUAGCUACACUACACAAGGAGCACGACGCUCGAUUCCAAACCCAAAAGAAAGAGCGAGAGAAGGCCGAGAAAGAAGCCUCCGAGCUACGCGCAAAACUCGUCGGCAUAGAGAGCGAGAAUUCACGCCUAAAAGACGAGCGAGAAAAGGUACGGAAACGAGAAGCUCUCGGCGCAGACGAUGAAGGCGUCGACGAACUCGAGAACGAAGAGCGCCAGAAACUCGAGAAGAAGGUCCGUGAACUAGAAGGCGAGGUCCAUGAACUACGCAGAGGGGUGUGGCGGGACCGAAGACAGCAAUUAGAAGGCGACGAUUCAUCUGGCCUCACGAGCCCAGGAGCUCGAUUUACGGACGUGGAUCUUGGAGGGGCUAUGUCGCCGAAUAGGAGAAGGAGCAUUGCUCAAGGGGGCAAAGGAGGAUUCGGGGACUUCAUCUCCAGUGGUUUCAAUGCGAUUACAGGAGCCAAUGUGUUACCGCCGCAGGAUGGCGGGCUGCUGGAGGAUGACGAGGAUAUGGAUUUUGAUGAAGAAGCAUUUAGACUUGCGCAGGAAGAAGAGGCUAAGAAGAGGAUUGAGCGGGUUAAAGAGGUAAAACGUGCUUUGAAGAAUUGGGAAGGGUAUAGGUUGGAUCUGGUGGAGAAUAGGAAAGGUGGAGGAGAGGGAGUGGGUGAGAUAUUUGAAGUCUGAGAAAGUAUUGGACCCUUAUAUCUUGUAAGACCAGCAUCAGUGUAGAAUAUCAUGAUGGACACGCGGCUUGUCCUGACUCACAAUUUGUGUCUUUAUGUGCUUACACUACAGACUAUCACCACUUAGCAUCGAAAUUCUCGAUCACUCGUCACCGCUUAAGCCCAGACUACUUUUGAUGGUCAUGAUUUGUUCAUUUUUCAUAGUCUAUCUGCAAAAUUUACGUUCAUUCCAAAACACAUCUCAACAUUAGCUCAAUCAACGAAACAAGCCGCUUAGAUGAGCUGCUGGAAAGCACGGUUGAUAGGAGAGCGAAGGUUAGAAACGCC